GUUACCUUCGUGAAUUUCAACAUAGCUAUUAGCUCAACCGUCUGUUUAAUGUCUCUGAACUCUGAUAAACAAAAGGAAUUCCUGAUUCCAAUCUUCCUUAAUUUGGCGCGUUUUGUAGCUCAAUUGAAGGCCGAGACUAUACCCACGAUCAAUGACUCGGCCGACUCAGUCGUUUCAACAUCUUCAAAACCCAGCUCUCCAACUGCAAAGAGUUAUUAUAGAGAACUGCCAUGGCGAGAAGCUUGUGGGUUUAUUACAUGAUACUGGUUCUAAGCAGCUAGUUAUUGUGUGCCAUGGAUUUCAAUCUUCAAAGGAACGGAUACCAAUGGCGAACCUUGCUGCUGCUAUACAGAAAGAAGGAAUCAGUGCCUUUCGCUUUGAUUUUGCUGGAAACGGGGAAAGUGAAGGUUCAUUUCAGUAUGGUAAUUACCGCAGAGAAGCUGAUGAUUUACGUGCUGUAGUCCAACACUUUUGUGGGCAGAAACGAUCAAUAAGCGCAAUUAUUGGGCACAGUAAAGGAGCGAAAUGUGGGUGCUGUUGUAUGCUUCUAAGUUACAAUGACGUACAUACAGUGGUGAAUAUUUCUUGGCCGGUUUUUAAUCUGGAGAGAGGCAUUGAAGGGCGCUGCGGUAAUGACUCUUUACAAAGAAUUGAGCAAAAUCUCUUUAUAGGGAAGUUCGAGUAUCGAGUGACUAAAGAGAGUUUAAUGGAUCGUCUAACUACUGAUACUCAUGCAGCCUGUUUGCUAAUUCAGCCGGAGUGCAGGGUCUUGACAGUUCAUGGAUCCAUGGAUAAAAUUGUACCUGUUGAAGAUGCUUUGGAAUUUGCUAAGUUCAUACCUAAUCAUAAAUUACACAUCAUAGAAGGAGCUGAUCAUGAGUAUACUUGGCAUCAGGAUGAAUUAGCUUCAGUUGUGCUAGAUUUCUUGAGGGAAGAUUUUGAGAUGAUGUCCUUGAAAGUUCAUUCUUUUCAUUCACGAUUGUGAUAGCUUGAUCGACACCAGAAGAAUAAAGAACUCGCUGAGGAUUAGGAGGUUUAAAGUAGUUUGAACAUGAAAAUUGCAAGUGAAGAUGGGAGCUUGUGCUCCCUCACCGCAUGCUUAGCAGGUCACAUGGGUAGAUUUCAUACAUGUUAAGCAAGUGAGGUAGUACAAACUCCAGUCGUGUUCAAUAGUACCUUCUCAGUCCAAGUGCCUGCUACAGCAAGCACUUUAAGCGGCUCUGUUUAAAAUUUUGCCGCCUGUACUGUAGUAAGGUAAUGGAUUUGUAGGUCUUAUGAAUUGGGGCGUUUACGACAAAAUGUACCUUUAUCAGCCGGCCCCUAUUAUAUGUUUACUUGGGUUGCCAUAUGCUGUAUUUUAAAUUUUUAUACAUGUUUCAGCACAGCAAAUUCAUUUGUCAAACCAGCACUGUCACACAAACCAUUAACAGAUUA